ACGUAAGUCAUGACGGCGCUUACGUAUAGUCGUGACGCCACAGUCUCGCGUGAUUAGACUUGUGGCAUCGGGAUUUUCUGUGAGACAGGAGGCAAGGAGCUUGCAAUUAACAGCUUUGCAGGAGGUGUAAGUAGCGAACCGGGACUGCGGGCUGUGUUAGGCAAAGCGGGAGUGUGUCGCAAAAACGGGACUGUUGAGCAGUAUGCGCUAGCUCCCGCCCUCCCGAAGUCUGCAUCUUACUGACAGCAGGGGCCCCGGUAAUCCAAUGCAGGAUAGAUGGAGGUACAAUGAAUGCAAUAACCUAGAAUCAGUCUUAUGCCGGUGAUGGAUAUGAAAGUAUGGAGAAACAAAUGCAAGGAGAUUUGGAAAAACAUGAAGACACAGCCUUAUUCUGUAAUAAUGACCAAGAGUUCUUCAGGUUAGAAAAUGCCUGGAGCCCUUCCACUAAUCCAGGUGUGAAGCUGAAUGUACAACAAAAUGGCACAGGAGCACCAUAUGCAGAUUUAGGGAAAUUUAAUCAAAAAUGUUUUUUGCCCAAACAAGGUUUUAUAAAUAAUGCGAAGGGGAAUGAAAAGAAAGUAACAGCAGAUCAUUUUAUCAGGGCAGCUGACCAAGGGUGCAAUACAUUUCUUCUUGAAGAGGAUAUUACUAUUCAGUCUUGUAAAAAUUCAGAGCCUCAAUCCAUAUCAGAAACGGCAGGGUGUAGUGAGCUUCAAGCAGGAACUCCUCAGUCAGAUUGUGGAUGUAUUACAAAAAACUAUGAUUCUAAUUGUGACAGCUACUUAGAUUCUGAGGAUCAUUCAUUGGGGCGAGGGUGCCAUCAUUUUUCAUCCUACCAGCAGCAACCUUUAGAUGGUGAAGGAGAUGAAGAUGCAGACUGUGAGAGGCAAAUAGAAGGUGAAGAGGAUUCAGGAAAAGGGACAGGAGGAAAGAAGACCAGUCGCAGAGGAAAAAGCCGUACCCAUCUAAAAUGGGAUGGUCAUCAGACUUCAUUCUCUGGAGGUAAGCACAAGACUGGCCGCAAAAAAAGCUAUGCAGAUGGUCGACGUGACCUUCAGUCUCUGGUUCCUCAGCCCUUAAUGUGGCUUUCAACAUCUUGUUUCCAUAUGCUCAUUAGUUUUGUGCUUGUGAUUGGAGAAUAUGUAGAGACACUGGGAAUGCUGUUGUACAUGAAAGUAUGGAUGCCAGCUCGUGACCUGGACCUUUUAAAAAUUCAGCUUAGAACUUUUGGUCAUUGGUUAAACCAGUGGAGAAAGGAUUUGUGGAACUGGUCUUGGGCUUGUGGUUUAUGGCUUCUGUCUGUGAUGAAAAUGGCCUGUGCCCUGUUGUUUUUGGUUCUAAUGCUUUCAGUAGGCUCUGCUCGUCUGUCUUGGCAGUACAUUAAAAAAGCACUGGACAGAGCAAUAGUUAGCAAAUGCCGGGCAUCUGGAUUCUCACUAAAACUUCACAGAGUCUGGGAAAUAAUUACGCAAAAUAGAACUUGUAGCCGAUUUGUUAAUAAUCUCAAGCAAUGGACUUCAAAUAUAUGGCCUUUCAAGUUAAGGAAAACCCAGGACACUUCAUGGGCAGCAACAGGAUCUCCAAGAAUGGGCAAGUUCCAACCUGGGGAGGAAGUAGAACGUCUUCUGACUAUGGCUGAUAUCCCAGAGGAAGACCUAAACCCUUUUCAGGUGUUGGGGGUGGAAGUGAAUGCUUCUGACGCAGAGCUCAAAAAAGCAUAUCGUCAGCUGGCUGUGCUUGUUCAUCCAGACAAGAAUAACCAUCCACGUGCAGAAGAGGCUUUCAAAGUUUUGCGUGCUGCUUGGGACACCGUCAGCAACCCAGAGAAGCGCAGGGAGUAUGAAAUGAAGCGUAUGUCUGAAACUGAACUAGCCAAGUCUAUGAAUGAGUUCCUCAGCAAACUGCAGGAUGAUCUGAAGGAAGCAAUGAACAGCAUGAUGUGCAGCAAGUGUCAAGGAAAACACAGGAGGUUUGAAAUGGACAGGGACCCUACCAAUGCUCGAUACUGUGCUGAGUGUGGAAAGAUGCAUCCAGCUGAAGAAGGAGACUUUUGGGCAGAGUCUAGUAUGCUUGGGCUGAAAAUAACAUACUUUGCAAUGAUGCAAGGAAAAGUGUUUGACAUAACAGAAUGGGCAGGAUGCCAACGUGUGGGCAUUUCACCCGACACUCACCGCGUUCCUUAUCACAUUUCAUUUGGCUCAAGGAAUCCCUCAAACACAGGACGACAAAGGGCUCCAUCAGAAAGCUGUCCCACCUCUGUUGCUGAUUUGCAAAACCUUUUGAACAGGAUAUUCCAGGGCUCUCCUGGCUCAGUGCCCAAUGGGAACAUCUUUAAUUCUACCCAGUCUCCACCACAAGGACCUCAGUCCCCAUCUGGACAAUCGAAACCUGAAACUGCACCCAGAAGUGACACAAAAUCCAAGAAGAAGAAAAAAGUGAGACGUCCUGUACAACGAUGAACCAGGAUAGUCACUAAACAGACUAUAAUUGUAUAGGGCAGAGGGUUAGUGUAGACCUACAGAGACCUGAGUGGCGAAGACAUGAAAAAUACAUCUCAGAACCUUCUGGCUUGUCUUUCCAACACAUGGUUGAAGUCAGAAUGUACAGAUUUAGCAGGAUUCCAGCUGCCAAGGGCUUUCCACAUGUCUUUGUUUUAUUAUUAACUCCCUUUUUAGUACUUUCCCUUAUCAUUGACACAGAGGAACAGUGCUGCUUGCCAUUUCGGUGCCCUUUCACUGGGAAGGAAUUCGCUUAGGGCCAGCAAAGCUCUCUUUUAUCCCUUGCUUCUCAUAAUACCAAAGAUUUAGAGUGUAAACCUUUUCUGGGGUGCAGGCACCAUGUUUGCAUCUAUAUCGCUUGAUUUCCAGACCCAAUUUAGCUGGGGAUCAAAUGCAUUGCUGAAUGUACAGCUGACUUGUACUUGAGUUGAGAAAUCAUUUUUCUUUAAUUCUGUCAUUAUACCUAGGGUCAGUAUCGCUCGCUUUGCCUUGUCAAGUGGUCACUAGAGCAUUAUAUUAAUGCAUCAUGGGAGACACCCAUGAUGAUUUUAUGAAAUAUGCCGUGAGAACAUCAGGGAGAGCCAUUUUUCAAAAUGAAGGAUUUAACUUUUUAAAAUUAUAUUUUAAUCUUUUUAUAUAUUCGUAGUAGGUGAAUUUUAAGAUUAAAUUAUGUUUUUACCAAGGUGGUAAGUUGAGUUUUACAGGCAGGUUUUUUUUUUCCCCCUUGGUACUUUUCACUGCUAUGACUGCAACUUAUGAAACCUAAAAAGGAAAAUCCAUUCACUUUUAAGCUGUCUCACAAUUUCCCUCUCCACACUUUGCAAGUUGCUGCUGCCUUUCCAAGGAAUUGUUUAGUCUUCAGGGCACACACACACAGAGGCUUGGUUUAAAGUUGAGAAUUAGGCACAGGUCCACAAAGCACAAUAAGUUGUUUAUACAUUGAGCUAGCCCAUUUGGCAGUGAAUGAAUUGGUGUAGGAAACAGAAUAUCUUGUCCUAUAGAAAUCCCAACAACAGCUUGAGGCCAGCAUAGCGUGCACUUUUCUGCAUCAACUCAAACAUGAUAUCAAGCUGCAAUAAUAUCUGUUUGACCCUAGAGCUGUGAUGUGUUACAUAGUGCCAGAGGGUCAUAUGCUUGCUUAGAAUUCCUUACUCAAAGAAUUCAAACAUUUUAGAACAGUAUACUGAUUUGUAAUAUAUACCAGAAUUAAAGGCAGAUUGGGAUAGCCAUUUGGCUAGCAUUAUGUGUAAAUGCUUUUUGGCCUUGGAAUUGUGAUUUCUAUUGGUAGUUACCUUUUUGUGCAAUUUACACAUCAGUAAUCUGAGGCAAUGAAAUUGAUUGGAAUCCAAUCUAUUGGAUUUAAACACUAUCUUAAGCAAAAACCAAGGAAAAAAUGAAGACCCACUUGCAUUUUGGUUUUUCAGUUACCACUGUAUGCAGGUAUAGGAUCUAUUAUUCAGAAUGCUUAGGACCUGGGGGUUUUCGGAUAAGGGAUCUUUUUGUAAUUUGGAUCACUAUUCCUUAAGUCUGCUAAAAAUAAUGUAAACAUGAAAUAAUCCCGAUAGGAUUGUUUUGCCAUUAAUAUGGAUUCAUGCAGCUUAGUUGGGAUCAAGUACAAGGUACCGUUUUAUAAUUACAGAGAAAAAGGAAAUUUUAUAAAUUAGAAUUAUAUCUUUUUAAUGGACUUUAUGGGAGAUGGCCUUCCUGUAAUUUGGAGCUGUCAGGAAAACAAGUUACCUGUACCACAUACCAAACAGUUGUCAGGGAACAUUAAUCUUGAAAUGACUGCCAGUGAUUAUAUCUGAUGGCUCAUUGUGGCUGAUCACUGGCAUUCAGGGCCCAAGCUUUAGGAUUUAGGCAUCUGAGUGUCUUAUGGUAAAUACCGAACAGCAAACAUCAUUUAUAAAAUGCAAAGUCCCCUACACAGAAGUCUCUGUUUUCACAUACAACAGGAUUAAAUGAGGUUACUCGCUAACCAUUUUCUUUUUUUUUUAUAUAUAUCAUUCAAUCUUCAUUGGUAUCUUUAUUGCUUGUCUUCUUUUCCUAUUUAUGACUCAAAAGUGCUUACGUUGCCCUAUGCUUUAUUCUACUGUAACAGUAUUUGAGGGCGACAAAUGCCCAUUCUGUUCUAAAUCUGAUCAUAUGGUAAAUUUCUGCAGGAACAGUGUUUAGGACAAUCAAUUUUCACUAUUUGUUUCAUGCCUGGAUAUUUUAUAUUUUCCGAUUGUAUGUUUUUAUUGUCUUUCAGCUCUGACCUAUAUGUUUAAUAAACAGAACUAUUCUGUUAUAUAUACACCUGCCACAAGGUUUCUAACAGACAUGCAGCCUGUGUAAUUAUCCAAAAGGUUAAAGUGAGUUGGCUGAAGAAUGUCUUGCAAGUAACACUGGCAUUUCUUCAAGGGCCACUAAACCGUAAUUUGUUUUUCUAUAUUUUUAAUGGAGAUAUAAAGAGCUAAAUGUAUAUUUAUUCUCCUUUUUGCUUUUGCCCUCAAGCUCCUUUUGAAGAUAUUACUGGUACUUCGGUUUCAGCCGUGGCCAAGCUGCCUCUGUCUGGGUGACUGUCUGCAAAUGUUCUUCCUAAAUUUUAGAAUCCUUUUUCUUAAUAAAAAAAAAUUAUUUCAUGCCAUUUUUAGCAAAAGGAAUUAUGCCGUUUAAUCAGAAGAAUAACCUCUCAGCCCAAGGAUUAAACCUUCUUGUAUUAAGUCAAAUUAAAAGCUUAUAUGCCUUGAAAUGCAA